AUGAGUGAGAAAAGUAAGGGAGACGCAAUUAUUGGCGGUAGUGACAUGAGUGAAAGUGACGGUAUAAACAUUAAUAUAUUAAAUGAGCAACAAUUUAAUGAGAACGCGGAAAGAAUAGACUCACCUAUAUUAAUGAGACCGGACAAGCGAGGUAGGAGUGAUAGCGGAAAGGAUGAUGUAGACGGUGAUGAGGGCUUUACGACGGUGGAGAGAAGACGAAAACGCCUCGCUCGUAGUAGUACACAAAUAAAUGUAAGCGAGAAUUUGUAUGAAAUUUCUAUAACAUCUUUGGAGAUAUUACCUAAACAGAUUAGCCUUGCGAAGUUCCUUCGAUCACUAAGUAUACCUAGCAUAUUGAAAGUUAAAUAUAAAAGCCCCUACAAAGUAAUAGUGACAUUCGCAUCGAAAAAUGAUGCAGAUAUCCUAUUAAACUGUCCUAAACUGGUCGAUUUGGGAUACAGAUGUCAAUUUACGCAUGAAAUUAAUUUAGCUUACGGCAUAGUAAAGCAGGUUGAGCUAGAAGUUAAUGACGAAGAAUUACAGAAAAUAUUUGUUUGUGACUGUGAGAUCGUUUCUGUAAAAAGAUUAAAGAGGCUAACAGAAGACGGAAAAUGGAUAGAUAGUGAAACUGUGCGACUUAGUUUUAGAAGUUCUACAUUACCUAGCUAUGUCUAUGCUUAUGGUUGCAGGCUCAAAGUGGAACGAUGUGUUAAUUGUAAAGGACCACAUAUAUCCUUGGAUAAAUCUUGUCCAGUAUUUAAAAAAGAAAAGGAAAUUCGUCAUGUUAUGAGUGAAGAAGGAGUGACAUACCGAAAAGCACUAGAGUAUUAUUUGGAAAAAGAGAAGGAUCAAAAUCAGGUUCAGAAGAACUAUUAUGAAACUACAGCCAAGAGCCAAACAGCAGACAUCACAACUCAUAAGUUAUCAUACAGGGAUAUUCUAGUAAGUCAAAUUUAUAGGGGGAAAGCUAAUAAAGAAGCUAAUGAUGCCAAAAGUGAAUUUGAUACUGAAAGGAUACAAGAAAUGACUGUUCCUGGACCUACAAGACGUAAAAAGAAAAAGAAGAGACGGCAAAUGAGUAAAGAGUGGACGUUGGAUAGUGAAGAAACCCAAUCGGAGCAGGAGAAUAGUCAGGAGGAGGAGAUGGGCAAACGAAAGAGAGAGUCUACUGCCUUUUCUUUUAAGCGAUGCUGGCUGAAAUUGAAGGCGGUUUUUUUAGCAGACAUUUCUUUUGAAGAAAAAAUCAAAAAUGUUAUGAAUAUUGUGUGGGAAGAGUUGUCAUCGGUGUUAAUUAAAUUAGUGGGGGAAGGUUUUUUGCAAAAUAUUUUAAAGUAUAUUUUUAAUGGAUAA